AUGACUACUGUCGACAAGGCACAACUACACGCCCACUUCGACCCUACCAAACCUAAGCCAGAAUCCGAGACUGUUCAAGCAAUCAUCACAAAGCUUGGUCUGAUAGAACACCCCGAAGGAGGCUACUUCGCAGAAACAGAUCGAGACGAGCUGCGAGUACCUAACUCAUUACCUGCCUCGACCGGCAAGCAGAGACGAGCUUGUACAACGAUUCAUUAUCUGCUGACACCGAAGUCACCCCUCGGCGCUCUGCAUCGAAAUAAAGCUCGAACAGUGCACACACUCCACAAAGGUCGUGGUCGAUAUGUCAUCGUUCACGCCGACGAAGUAGCAACAGCAGGAUGCCCACUGGGAUACAGCCCAGACGAAACGCUUCCCGAAGACCAAAGAUGGUCGGGCAAAGCAAGGGUUGAAGUCUUUACUGUUGGCCAGAAUGUCUUGGCUGGCGAGAAACUGCAGUGGAUUGUCGAAGGAGGGAAAUAUAAGACCAGUUUCUUGUUAGCAGAUGAUGAGACUGGUGUCACCAGCGAGGAAGGGCUCUUGAUCAGUGAGACUGUCGUUCCAGGUUUCGAGUAUGAAGAUCAUGACUUCAUGACUUCUGAAAGAUUUGAGAGUUUGAUAGAGGAUGGUUGUCAACAGCACAUGCGGUGGAUGGUCAGAAGCUCGAAUUAG